AUGUACUGCCUAAACAAGGCCUAUCGCAUUCGCAUGUUUUCCGUUCAGCUUUAUGGCUACAUCAUCCACGAGUUCGACCCGUGGUUCAACUACCGCGCCGCCGAGUACAUGUCCGCGCACGGCUGGUCCGCCUUCUUCAGCUGGUUCGACUACAUGAGCUGGUACCCGCUGGGCCGCCCCGUUGGCACCACCACGUACCCGGGCCUGCAGCUCACCGCCGUUGCCAUCCACCGCGCAUUGGCAGCUGCCGGGGUGCCGAUGUCUCUCAACAACGUGUGCGUGCUGAUCCCCGCGUGGUAUGGUGCCAUCGCUACUGCUCUAGAAGCGCUAAUGAUCUAUGAGUGUAACGGCUCCGGAAUUACCGCUGCCAUCGGAGCUUUUAUCUUUAUGAUUCUCCCCGCACACCUGAUGCGGUCCAUGGCGGGCGAGUUCGACAACGAGUGCAUCGCCGUUGCAGCCAUGCUCCUCACCUUCUACUUGUGGGUACGCUCGCUGCGCACGCGGUGCUCGUGGCCCAUCGGCAUCCUCACCGGUAUCGCCUACGGCUACAUGGUGGCGGCGUGGGGCGGAUACAUUUUUGUGCUCAACAUGGUUGCCAUGCACGCCGGCAUAUCAUCGAUGGUCGACUGGGCUCGCAACACGUACAACCCGUCGCUGCUGCGCGCAUACGCGCUGUUCUACGUUGUCGGCACCGCCAUCGCCACGCGCGUGCCGCCUGUGGGGAUGUCGCCCUUCAGGUCGCUGGAGCAGCUGGGUGCGCUGGCGGUGCUCCUCUUCCUGUGCGGGCUGCAGGCCUGCGAGGUGUUUCGCGCACGGGCCGACGUCGAGGUUCGCUCCCGCGCGAACUUCAAGAUCCGCAUGCGUGCCUUCAGCGUGAUGGCUGGCGUGGGUGCGCUUGCAAUCGCGGUGCUGUCGCCGACCGGGUACUUUGGCCCCCUCACGGCUCGUGUGCGUGCGCUGUUCAUGGAGCACACGCGCACUGGCAAUCCGCUGGUCGACUCGGUCGCUGAGCACCGCAAAACGAACCCACAGGCGUACGAGUACUUUCUGGACUUUACCUAUUCGAUGUGGAUGCUGGGAGCAGUGUUGCAGUUGCUCGGUGCAGCCGUUGGCUCACGAAAGGAGGCGCGGCUGUUCAUGGGGCUGUACUCACUCGCCACCUACUACUUCUCAGAUCGCAUGUCACGGCUGAUGGUACUUGCGGGGCCUGCGGCUGCCGCGAUAGCAGCGGAAAUCUUGGGCAUCCCAUACGAGUGGUGUUGGACGCAGCUGACGGGAUGGGCAUCUCCGAACACCUCCGCCAGAGAGCGUAAAAGCAAGGAGGACGGUCCCUGCAAGACAAAAAGAAAUCAGAGACAGACCGUCGCCACAAAACUAGAUCAUGGGGCGCGGGCUAGGGCUACGGCCGCUGUCAAGUUCAUGGAGACGGCUCUGGAGCGUGUUCCUCUGGUGUUUCGAGCUGCCAUCGCCAUAGGCAUCAUUGGGGCCACUGUUGGAACACCGUACGUCUAUCAGUUCCAGGCUCGUUGCAUUCAAUCUUCCUAUUCUUUUGCUGUCCCGCGUAUCAUGUUCCACACGCAGCUGCGCACCGGCGAAACAGUGAUUGUAAAGGACUACGUGGAAGCAUACGAGUGGCUGCGCGACAACACGCCAGCGGACGCGCGCGUGCUGUCCUGGUGGGACUACGGCUACCAGAUCACAGGUAUCGGCAACCGCACCUCGCUGGCCGAUGGCAACACCUGGAACCACGAGCACAUCGCCACCAUCGGCAAGAUGCUGACGUCGCCCGUGGCGGAGGCGCACUCACUGGUGCGCCACAUGGCGGACUACGUCCUCAUCUGGGCUGGGCAGGGCGGAGACUUGAUGAAGUCGCCGCACAUGGCGCGCAUUGGCAACAGCGUGUACCACGACAUCUGCCCCAACGACCCGCUUUGCCAGCAUUUCGGCUUUUACGAAGACUACAGUCGCCCAAAACCGAUGAUGCGCGCGUCGCUGCUGUACAACCUGCACGAGGCCGGACGAAGCGCGGGUGUGAAGGUGGACCCGUCCCUCUUUCAGGAAGUGUACUCAUCCAAGUACGGCCUGGUGCGCAUCUUCAAGGUCAUGAACGUGAGCGCGGAGAGCAAGAAGUGGGUGGCUGACCCGGCAAACCGCGUGUGCCACCCGCCUGGGUCGUGGAUCUGCCCCGGGCAGUACCCGCCGGCGAAGGAGAUCCAGGAGAUGCUGGCGCACCGCGUCCCCUUUGACCAGAUGGGCAAGAAGCACGACGACACGCACAAGGCGCGCAUGGCACGCAGCAGAACACUGGGCGAGGCUUAA